ACCUUCUUUUCACCAUUACCAUCUGGAGGGGAAGAGCCGCCCGCAGUCAGUCGGACACACGCCCAUUCUCGUGUAUAGAUCUGUAGAGAGAGAUACAGAGAGCGGCAGAGAGACACAGCGAUGUGGCGUUGCGCUUCUCGCGGAUUUCGUUUUCCUUCAAAGAGAUCGAUAGCCGGAGAAUCUCUUAAAAGACUUUUCUCUACGCAAUCGAAUGCUGGAGGAUCAUACACCAUUGUCGAUCAUACAUACGAUGCUGUUGUCGUAGGAGCAGGUGGUGCUGGAUUAAGAGCAGCCAUAGGUCUAUCUGAGCAUGGAUUCAAUACUGCUUGUAUUACCAAGCUCUUUCCCACUCGGUCGCACACUGUUGCAGCUCAGGGCGGUAUAAAUGCAGCCCUAGGAAAUAUGACUGAAGAUGAUUGGAGGUGGCACAUGUACGAUACAGUCAAGGGAAGUGAUUGGCUAGGUGACCAGGACGCAAUUCAGUAUAUGUGUAGGGAGGCACCAAAAGCAGUUAUUGAACUUGAGAACUAUGGAUUGCCAUUUUCUAGAACUGAUGAGGGAAAAAUAUACCAACGGGCAUUUGGUGGACAGAGUUUGAACUUUGGGAAAGGUGGUCAAGCAUAUCGUUGUGCCUGUGCUGCUGAUCGAACUGGACAUGCUCUUCUGCAUACUCUUUAUGGCCAAGCCAUGAAGCAUAACACCCAGUUCUUUGUCGAAUAUUUUGCAUUGGAUUUGUUGAUGUCCAGUGAUGGUACCUGCCAAGGAGUGAUUGCAUUGAACAUGGAGGAUGGAACUUUGCAUCGAUUCCAGUCUAAAUCAACAAUUUUGGCUACAGGGGGCUAUGGGAGAACAUACUUUUCAGCCACCUCAGCCCAUACGUGCACUGGAGAUGGCAAUGCCAUGGUUGCGCGUGCUGGAAUUCCUCUGCAGGAUCUGGAGUUUGUGCAAUUCCACCCAACUGGAAUAUAUGGUGCUGGAUGCCUCAUAACCGAAGGGUCUCGCGGCGAAGGUGGUAUACUUAGAAAUAGUGAAGGAGAGCGUUUCAUGGAACGUUAUGCCCCAACUGCUAAGGAUUUAGCAUCAAGGGACGUCGUUUCAAGAUCCAUGACAAUGGAAAUCCGAGAAGGGCGUGGUGUAGGACCUCUGAAGGACCACAUAUAUCUACACUUGAAUCAUUUGCCUCCUGAAGUCCUAAAGGAGAGGCUUCCUGGUAUCUCUGAAACUGCUGCCAUCUUUGCGGGUGUUGAUGUCACAAAAGAGCCAAUCCCUGUUCUACCUACUGUUCAUUAUAACAUGGGUGGAAUUCCCACAAAUUACCAUGGAGAGGUUGUGACUAUUAAAGGCGAUAAUCCAGAUUCAGUGAUUCCUGGAUUGAUGGCUGCUGGUGAGGCAGCCUGUGCAUCGGUUCAUGGUGCAAAUAGACUUGGAGCUAAUUCCCUUCUGGACAUUGUUGUGUUUGGCCGGGCUUGUGCAAAUAGGGUGGCAGAGAUCCAUCGCCCAGGGGAUAAACAAAAGCCUUUAGAAAAGGACGCAGGCGAGAAGUGUAUUGCAUGGUUGGACAAGCUGAGAAAUUCCAAUGGCUCAAUUCCAACUUCACAGAUUCGUUUGAAUAUGCAGCGAACAAUGCAGAACAAUGCUGCUGUUUUCCGCACCCAAGAAACAUUAGAAGAAGGUGUACAGCUGAUUGAUAAAGUAUGGAACAGCUUUCAUGAUGUAAAAUUGGUGGAUCGAAGUCUAAUAUGGAACUCGGAUCUGAUUGAGACUAUAGAACUCGAAAACCUUCUUAUCAAUGCAUGCAUAACAAUGCACUCUGCUGAAGCUAGGAAAGAGAGCCGAGGAGCUCAUGCCCGUGAAGAUUUUACGACAAGAGACGAUGAGAAUUGGAUGAAACACACUGUCGGUUAUUGGGAGGAUGAGAAAGUUCGUCUAGAUUACAGGCCUGUUCACUUGAACACAUUAGACGACGAGGUUGAGACAUUCCCUCCUAAAGCUCGUGUGUAUUAAUAAUCUAUAUCAAUGAUUUUCUAUCAUAAUAAGUUGAUCAAAAUUCAAAACCUGAUAUUACUACCCUUUCCUAUAAUAACAAUAAUAAUAAUGUACUGAAUAAUGCCCUUGUGGAAGGAAGCCAAAUUACAUGUGGUAUUUCCUUUUCUUAAUUUGGACAUUUUUGUGUUGUUGGUUUUUAUCACAUGGACAUGUAUCAGUCCAUUUUCAAA